CCCGCCACGGCAUCGCUCGCUCGCGCGCGCCGAGCGCCGCUCCAGUCCCACUCAGUUUGCUCGGGACGGCGCGCCGUAGGCCCCUUGCUUGUGCCGGCGACGCAAGCCGCUCGCUUCACGAGCCACGCGCACUCCGGCACGACCGCCCCGCCCCCCCGUGCUCCUCGGAAAACACCGGAACUCCUCGAAAGCCCGGUUGCCGCCGCUCGGUCAUCUGGGAAGUCCAUCUCAUUCUUGCCUCGCCUCAAGGAGUGCGCACGAUGUAGAGUGGACGUCGCCGAAGGCCGGUAGCCACUGUCGGCGCUGUGCGCUCUCAUCAUUUACAUCGGCGCUUGUCGGCGUUGGUUCCCUCGUUUGCAGCAAGGACGCCGCAAAGCUUGGCUUCUUAACGGGACGGCGCUGUUUUGUUGUUGUUUUUUUUUUGCACAUUUUGCAACGAGUGGACACCGGAGAAGUGAUUGGUAGCAGUGCUUGUUGAAUUCUACUCCUCGAAAAGACAAUAAUAGUUCACCUUGUUGCGUCACCUGCCAUAGUAUGUGGCGUAAGCCGGCUCGACAGUGUGUGUUCGUGCGUAGUGGCUUUUAUGCAAUAGCAAAGUGAAUUUUAGGAGUGAAUUGAUAACCGCAGCACAACGAUAUACGAAUAGGUUUCGGCGGAGUCAGUUCGGCCGCCGCCUGCAAUUGUCCAUUGCGUGAACAUCCGCAACGAGUCACGAAGAAUAGGACAUCGCUUGAAGCACUAUUGCUAGUAUUGCUGGGCAUUUUGUUCCGUGAAAACCCAAGAUCUGCCGUGGCUCUCAAGCGUCGAAAGAAAGCACGCGGCGAAGAAGUUGCUUUCAUGUUUGACGAUGUAACCUAAUGUGUUUUGGUGGCAGCAGUAAUGACACAUAUUUGGAAGCGGAUGAGCUCUCUCUCCCUCUGAGAUUUCUUGAAUUUGUAUGCUCUAAUAAGAAGGAGAAGAUUGGCGGAUGCUUACAUCCGCGGUAAUAAUAUAUUCAAAAACUAGUUUUCUUUCUCUACCAUAAACUCCAUUUGUAGAACCAGUUAGAGUAGAAGCCCGGCAGAACGCCCUCCCGUCGUCUCAUACUCUCGUGUUUGACAUGUAACUGUGAACUAUUAUAUACUGAAUAUUUAACCUUGUAACCAACUAGAGUAGCAGCUAGGUUAAGCACCGUGAAAGCUCACAUUGUAACAUUGCGAGCUCCCGUUGUAACAUUAUAUUCUCGUUACACAAAAGCCUCCGAGUUCAUAGAACGUCUGAUACCACGUUCAUAUUAUCUGCGACGCACUAGCUCGCAAAAGAAACCUUGUCCACGCAAACUGUGCAGCACGUGUGACUGUGCUUCGAGAAGUUGCUUUCAUUUUAUUUUACUUCCGUGAACUUUUUUGUUUGAUAGCGCUUAUCAUCACCAUCUGGAAGCUGAGCGUUGUGACCACGUGUGUACCAGUGGACGUGGUGCCAAUUUCACCAACCUGAUGGAAUAAUCGCCUCACCUGCGUAGUCUUCAUAGAGCCUUCCUGCGCCCGGAGUCAGCAACACCAGUGUGGUGCUUUGUGCUGUGUGAAAGACGCCAAAGCCACGGCUUGGUAUCGGAUGUACACUAAGUCGUCGCAUCUGAGUGCUACUUAGGAGCUAUAUACGACGACAAACUUUGACAAGGCUACUUAGGAGUAACUUCUCAAGGGACAUAAGAUGACUGACUAACCACGUUCCUUGAGAGGCUGAGCUACUCAUCAAAGACCGGCAGUAAUCGCAAAGCAGCGCAUUGAUGGAAGGGGCCUGCGUUUCAAUGGUUCACCUAAUGGCAUUGAAAUUCGUCCUUUGAAGCCGCCGUUCAUGAGACCGCAACGAUUCUGGCCCUAAUGCCGGCUUAUCAAAUCAAGUCCCAUCAGCGCUCGUGCGAAUGUAAGAAAUGAAGCUACAGAUCAAACAACCAAAGACUGGCGAACCCACACCGGAGGAGGAGCUCACGAGCCCGAUCGUCCAGCCUAAGUGAGAUCACGCGAACCGCGAGGGAGCUCAACGGUGGAGAUGGUCGGAUUCGCCUGUCUUGCGUUUCUGCUGCCCGUCUGUGUCUCAGCCAUCCCGCAGCUUUACGCAGCCGUGGGCGGCAAGGUGUCCCUGCCAUGCAACACGAGCAUUCCCGCGGGCGGCGACGGCGUGUCGCUGAUCCUGUGGUAUCACGGCGACUACGGCAUUCCCAUCUACAGCCUCGACGCCCGCGACCAGCCCCUGAGCAAGGCACGACACUUCCCGGGCCAGGACCUGGGUACGCGUGCGUACCUGGACGUCAGCUCGAAGCCGCCUACGCUCAACAUCGACCCGGUGCUCGAGAGCGACGCCGGCGAGUACCGCUGCCGGGUCGACUACAGCAGGCAGCGAACGCAGCACAGGAACGUCAACCUCACGGUCAUCGUUCCCCCCAAAGAUGCCAUUAUACGGGACGAGUCCGGCAAGCCUUUACACGGAGUGAUCGGCCCCUACGACGAAGGCGCUCAUCUAGUGCUCAUCUGCGACGCCGACGGAGGGCGUCCUGCUCCAGCGGUGACUUGGUGGCGAGGCCCCGAGCUCGUGGACGACAAGUACGCGCUCUCGCCAUUGGACGUGGUCCGAAACGAGCUGGUCAUCAAGAGGCUGCAGCGCUCGGACCUGCUCGCCACAUACACCUGUCAGGCUUCCAACACGAACCUGACUCUGCCGCGUUCAUCCUCCGUCACCAUCAACAUGAAUCUUCGACCACUGGACGUGCGGAUCACCACGCUGAAGCGGCCUCUGUCGGCACACCGCAAGGUGGAGCUGUCGUGCCAGUCGACGGGUGGCCGGCCGGCGCCACAGCUCACCUGGUGGCUGGGGAAGAAGAAGCUUUCCUUUGCGCGCGACAAUGUGUCGGUGGGUGACAACGUGACAACGAGCACAGUGUCAUUCGCGCCCAAUACCGACGACCACGGGAAGUACCUGGCCUGUCGCGCCGACAACCCACUGCUCUCCGGUGCUGGCCUCGAGGAUGGCUGGACGCUCAACAUCCAGUACGUUCCGCGACUGAGCCUCUCACUGGGCGCCAACAUGAAGCACAAGGCGAUCCGCGAAGGCUCGGACGUGUACCUGGAGUGCAACAUCCAGGCGAACCCGGCGGUCAGCGAGGUGGGCUGGAAGUUCGAAGGAAAGCCGCUGUACAGCAACGUCAAGCAGGGGGUCAUCAUCAGCAACCAGUCGCUGGUGCUGCAGAAGGUUCGACGAGAGAGUCGCGGCCACUACCAGUGCGUCGCUGCAAACGUCGAAGGGGAAGGGGAAAGCGACCGCGUCCUGCUCAGGGUCCACUACGCGCCGGUGUGUAAGAAGCGCCAGAAUCUUGUUUACGGCGUGGCGCGUGAUGAAGAGGCCGAGAUCUCGUGCGAGGUGGAGGCCGACCCGUCCGAGCUGAGCUUUAAGUGGGCGCUGAACAACUCUGUUGAGGUGUUCGACGUGAAGACGUUCACUGUGAACGGCACGACCAGCGUGGCAUCGUACCGCCCCCGCUGGAAGCACAGUUAUGGCCUCCUCUACUGCUGGGCCACCAACACCAUUGGGACGCAGCGGGAGCCCUGUGCCUUCCACAUCAUACCUGCAGUUUCCCGUUGGACAGGGCCACCCGAGGCUGUGCGCAACUGCCGCGUGAGCAACCAGACCUCGGUCUCACUGGCGGUCGAGUGCGAACCGGGCGACCACGGCGGCCUGCGGCAGACCUUUCACCUGGAGGUGUACAACUCGGCGUUGGAGCUCCUGCAGCGCAACCUCAGUUCCUCGGAGGGCGCGUCGUUCGUGGUGCGCGACCUGCCGCCCGGCACCGCUUUCAUUCUCGUACUGUACGGUUCGAACUCCAAGGGCCGCAGCAACAGCGUCUCCAUAUCCACCAACACGCUGCCCUCACCCGAGAGGAGGACAGCUAACACGGACAUCACAUCCGUGAGUCCAGUGCUUGGUGUCCUGAUCGGCAUCGUGGGAGCUCUAGUGCUGGUGGCCAUCGUUAUCGUAGUCGUCAUGCGACUCCGCGGAGACGACAGCGAAAAGCGUCCUACGGAGGAGAGUCCGGAAAAGAACCAAAACCACCAAAGAAAAGCAGUGGAUGACUUAGCCCUUACAGAUAUCGACACCAAGGACCCGUCUGUAAUUCAAAAGACGAGUGAUUCACAGGCAGAGUACCCGCGUGUGGCCGUGCGGCGUAUUCCAGCAUACCCGGCUCAUCGUACGUACGACAGCUUCUCUCCCAGCGACUACAACUACGAGAACAUCCAGUCACUGAGACGACCGUCGCCUGUCAAGAUGGACAACGAGGUGCGGUACGCGGAGCUGUCUCUACCGCGCAGCAAGUACCCGGUGCGCAUUCGGGAGCCGCCGACAGAGUACGCGCAGAUCGAUUUCCAGCGGGCCGGCGUCCUGUUCAGCGCCGUGCCGCCACAGUCCGAGGAGGAGGAUCCCUGCGCGGCCGUCGGUUCGGACACGCCGCUGAUGAACAGCCUGCAACCAAACGUCAGGCACCUAGGCGGAGCGCCGAGUGAUCACAACACGAUAUCGACGCCUGUGUGACGGCAAUGACGCCAGAUUGGCUAGGGCGAGACAGUUCAACGCUCGUCGUGGUCGUGAAUGGGCCGAGCGUUGCAGAAACAGAUAGCGAGCGAGAGAGUAGAAUGGCCACUCUUGGACUGCCCGCCGACGACAGCGCCGCUUGACUGCAGCGUCUCGCAACCAAGGCUCCGGACAAAUCGCGAAGGAAGGAGAAACGACAGUGUGCACUUCGCGACGUGAGUUUUUCUUUCCUCCAGUUAGCGAGAAUGGUGCAACAUCAAAAGGCCUGGAGAUCAAGGACGCAGAUCCGUCUGGUGCGCGACCGUCCCAGUGCAGUGAGUGGGGACUGUUACCGUCGCGACACGACGACCCUCCCUGUAAAUAGAAUGGCCGAACACACGCGGCGUCGUGAGCGGCGAACAAGCUCAAGCGCGAUUUGUCGACGACGUCGACACAAGAAUGAGGUCACAUUCCUUCAACACUAGUCAUGAAACGCCUGGCUGCCUGCCUGAGUGUUUGAUACCUCACGAAAUGAGACCUAAAAGAGAAGGCAGUCGGUGAGAAUGCACGAGGCAAGAAGUGAGGCUUCAAGUAACCUUUCAUAACCAGCCUGUCAUGGGUGAGACGGACGACAUCGCUCAGGAGGCACACACGACAGGUGGAAAUAAGUCGUGCCCACUCAUUCCAUUUGAUCCCAUCCAACGCCCUGCAGAAUGCGACAGGGUCGAUGCGCAAUCCGAAGAAGCAUUAUCGUUACCUUGAAGACGUUACCUGCGUGCACACAGCCAUCUGUGAACAAUUGCGAAAGAAAAUACAAAGAAGAAAGAGGAAGAUUAAGAGUUUAGCGUGUGUGUGUAUGUGCGUGUGUGCAUGGACGAAUGCGCGAGCAGGGCGUGCCUGCUUGUGCAUCUGCGUGAAACAAUACGAGCACAGGUCCACACUCCUGAUUUUCUUCUGAUAUUUUAUCACUCUUUCUCCAUCUCUCCCAACAAUUUCUUUUUAUCAGCUGCUCUAGCUGUUUUCCUUUACAUUUUCUCACCGCCUGGUUUUAAGACUGUUUGGUUGACAACCUGAGAGUUCCGUGCAUCUUCGUGUAUACAUACUUCAUACGGACUCAUGGCGCAAACUUUUAAGCUCUACAAUAAAAUAUAUAAUUACUAUUA